CACAAAUUCCUCCUAGAGUCUAAGUUGCGCAAUAUCAUAUUCAAGCUGAAAUUUCUUGUAAAACGUUUUACGAAUUUGAAGUACUUCACCUGGUAACUGCGAAGUCCUUUGGGUAUAAAUUAGUGAACGCCUCUACAAAAUGGAGGGGCUGUCUGAAGAGCAAAUCCAAGAAUAUAAAGAUGCUUUUUACAUGUUCGACCGGGAUAAUAAUGGUUACAUUACUACUAGUGAACUGAAUUCAAUAAUGAGAACUUUGGGAUUCAAUCCAACCGAAGAGGACUUACAACAGAUGAUUUUCACAGUGGACUACGACGGUGAUGGUAGAUUGAAUAUGGAGGAAUACAUUCAACUCAUGGAACAGCAGAAAAAACCCGAGGAGAAGGAAGAAGACAUCAUUCAAGCUUUUAGAGUUUUUGACUCAGAAAACAAGGGAUACAUUGACUCAUCUGAGCUGAGGGAACUUCUGGAAAAUAUGGAUUGGAAAGUCUCCGCAGACGACCUGAAAGAUUUGAUAACAAGCGCUAACCUACAUCAGGACAGAAAGAUCAGUCUGGAUGAGUUCGCUUGGCUUGUGGAACCUGAGGGAAUGCCAGUUAUAGAAGACAAAGAAGACAAUGAAACACAUGACGAUUGACUAACUUGCCGCACAAUGGGAUAGAAAUCUGCCUCACCUACCUUCUAGCGUCAUCUCGACCGUCACCAUUUCUCUCGUCGUCAUCCUUGUUGAAAACCACCAUAAUUAUCAUCAUUGAAAUCAUCAUCGUCAUCGUCACCACUAUUAUCAUGAUCAUUAACAGUCUCGCAAUAAUCGUCAUUUCAGUGAACAUGGUCAUGGUACCCAUUCGAAAUAAAUUUCUUUCGCGUAGUGUUACGUACCCCUGGAACU